GAGGUUUUUUUCUUAAUUUAGUUUGAUUAAAGCUUUUAAAGCAGAAACAUCGUUCUAGUAGUUUUUAUUUUGUUGUAUAUAUAAAUAUACAAAAAUGUUUCGUCCCAUUCCACGUGUCUUGUUUCGACAUAACGUGCCAAAAUGCAGAUUUAGCAGUCAAGUUCCUCCUAAGAUGCCUUACUUAACUAAAUUAACCGAUGAUGAAUUAAUGAUGAAGGAGAUGGUUCGAAAGUUCGCACAGGAAAAAAUUACUCCCUUAGUCUCAAAAAUGGACAACGAGGAUAAAUUGGAUGAUGGUCUCGUCAAGGCCUUGUUUGAGAAUGGUUUAAUGGGAAUAGAAAUUGCUGAAGAGUAUGGCGGUACAGGCUCAGGUUUUCUAACGACAAUUUUAGCAGUCGAAGAACUGGCUAAAGUAGAUGCUUCAGUAGCAGCUUUGGUCGAUAUUCAUAGUACACUGGUUACGGCGUUGUUUAACAAAUUAGGAACCAAAGCACAAAAAGAGAAGUAUUUACCCAAAUUAGCACAAGAGUACCCUGGAAGCUUUGGUUUAUCUGAGCCGUCUGCGGGAUCUGAUGCCUUUUCGUUAAAAACUGUAGCGAAAAAAGAUGGGAACCAUUACGUUUUAAAUGGAACCAAAUGCUGGAUAUCAAAUUCUGAUCUAUCAGGAGUAUUUUUAAUUAUGGCUAACGCUGAUCCUUCGAAAGGUUACAAAGGCAUCACAACUUUCAUCGUCGAACGUGAUAUGGAGGGAUUUAGUGUCGGUAAAAAGGAAUCGAAAUUGGGUAUUCGUGCAUCAGGUACGUGUACUCUCCAUCUCGACAAUGUUCGUGUUCCAGAGGAAAAUAUAUUAGGACAAUUCGGUCAUGGAUACAAAUAUGCGGCAGGCUUUCUCAAUGAAGGUCGAAUUGGUAUUGGGGCCCAGAUGAUAGGAAUUGCUCAAGGAGCUUUGGACGCCACAAUGCCGUAUUUGCUGGAACGUAAACAAUUUGGACAGGAUAUAUUUUCUUUUCAAGGCAUGCAAUACCAAGUUGCUAAUAUUGCUAUGCAACUUGAAGCAGCUCGUUUGCUUACAUAUAAUGCUGCUCGAAUGGUUGAAAAUGGAAAAGAAUUUGCAAAAGAAGCAGCAAUGGCUAAAUGUUUUGCUAGUGAAAUGGCACAACAAGCUACAAUCAAAUGCAUUGACUGGAUGGGAGGUGUUGGAUUUACAAAAGAUUUUCCCCAAGAGAAGUUCUAUCGUGAUGUGAAAAUUGGAGCAAUUUAUGAAGGCACAAACAACAUGCAACUCAGCACAAUUGCAAAAAUUUUAAGAAAAGAGUAUAUGUCUUAAAAAUAUGACUUGAAUUUGCUCUAUUGAAUUCGAUUAAUCUUCUAAAAAAAGUAUAAUUUCAGUGCAUUUAUCUUAUUUAUAAGUAUAAAUAAAGACGGUUUAUAAAAACA